UCGAUUCCGAAGAGAUUUCCAUUUCUAGUAAAGGAUGAAGAUGGUAAUGUGAACGUUCAUCCGAUUAAUAACUUUUUAAUUCCCUAUGACAUUAGUUCAUCGCUUCGUAAAUUAGCAUUAAGGCAGAAAAUAAAUCGAGAAGCAUCAGAUCAUUACGGUAUAAUGAAUAACAGACUGAAUACUCCAGCACCUAUGAUUGAACAAGGAUAUGAUAAA